AAACAACUGAAAAUGAUACAUCUUGCUAACCCUGAUUGCCUCAAGUCCUAUUAUAUUAAGACUGUAAUGUUCUGGAUGACAGAGACUCUACCCGAAACAUACUGGUGCCCAGAAAACCUUCUAAAGAGAAUAACAUGAUUGACCACAAAUCAACAGAGGAAUGCCGGGACGUGUCCGAUAAGAUAUCCUCACUGUUUACAGGCAGAAUGGAUGUCAUCAUUGCAGAACUUAUAUGCGAGGAUCAGAUAGAGGAUAUUUACGAUUUUGUAGGCUUUAAAAGAAGUAUUCUACCACCUCGUACUACUAAAAUUUGUCUACUUACUGAGAAAUAUUUACAGACUUUAAAUGCCGAAAUCUCGGGAAAUUUGUUAGAUGAGGCAGACAUAUUAAGUUCUUUGACUACAUGUACAAUACAGAAUUUGAGUCAAUGUAGAGCAAUGGAGGAAAUCAUAGAAGACUUGCCACAUUCGUUAACAAAUGACGUUUCAGGGUCAUUUGCAGUAAAUCUACGUCGACUUGUGGCAGAUUUUUAUCACUCUCAGAAGACGAGGCAGUCACACGAAAAAGCAGAGAAACUGUACAAAGAAAGUCUCUCACUCAGAUAUCCCAGUGGGUUUGAUGACAAAUUAAUCUCUGGGGUAGCUCAUCUCGCUUUAUUCUAUUAUCUAUAUGGCAACUUUACUGCUGCGCUGGACUCAAUAGAAUCAACUUUAGAAACCAUCAAGCAAAGCAUCAGAUCGGACACGACGUGUGGUUUCCUUCAUAUAGCCAUACCUUACUGCACAGAUCGAGUGUGGAGGGAUAAAAUUUUAUAUGUCAUCCUGCAGUCGCAGUCUUUCUGUUAUCCGUUGUACAUUAAUGUGAUUUCACUCAUUCUUUAUGUCGCAAUAAGAUCUCUUCUACUCGUGUUUGAGCCACGCUCCAAAGAAAGGGAACUCUUACAGUUGACUGAAUUACUUGUCCAAUGUGGACUUCAGAAUUUGAACCCCUGUUUAUUAGACACCUACGAUUACCUGAUAUGUGAAGUCAGGGAACUCUUGCUCUCUUUCUCCAUCCCUACACAUACUUUAUCUACGUAUGUGAUGCCGGAAAUUACUACAAGAACAGAGAGGCUGAAAAAUUACCACAACUGGAAUGAAAAUGAACCGAAGUCCACACCAAUUUAAUUUCUAGUUCGUCGGACAUCUGAUGAAAAAUUUGGGGGCGAACGAUCAAUUAAACAAUAUUUACAUUUUUGUAGACAAUGUAUUUUGGCAGAACAUGAAAAAAGUGAGCGGACAAUUAUAUUUGUUGUACUUUUUUUACUCACUGCUUUUCAAUUUAAACAAAUUAAAAAUUUGCGAAGACUUUUUUGGGUGCGGGAGAUUUAAAUUAAUAUUACGUGUAUUUAUAUGUUUUUGUUAAAUACAAUCGAAUGGGGUCAGAUGAGCAAAAAAUACAUGAAUAGGUAUGGCCUAAAUAAAACUGGAACGUACCUUUUAGAAAAUUGUCAAGGAAAAAACACA